GCCUGUCUGUGUCUCUCAUAUUGUGAGUUGUCGUGUGGGUUGCUCAUCUUCUUAUUCUCAAGUCUCCUCUAGGUGGAAACGCCUAUGAGAGAGAGGAGAUGUGCCUGCACUGACCAACCCCAUCUCCUCCUCCUCAUCCUCAUCCUUCUACUAUUCUCCUUUCCUUAAUUUCUCUGGUGAGUUUAUAAAGGCAGCAUAUUGUGAAUAUCUCCAAUUCACAUAUGGAACAUAAUCUUGACGUCAAGGCAAAAACCCUCUCUUCUCUUCUUGCCUGUAAAAUGCAGAUCCAAAACUCAGCAACAUCAACACAGACCCACAAGAUUGAUCAGUGUCUUGUGAGCCUGUCAUCACAAGAAGAAAAACUUUCUGACGGUGGUAGAUUUAGUGCAACUUCAAGCAUUAUGGGGUCUUUCACUUCGCCUCCACCUUGUUCUGCCCUCAUUGGGGACUACAUUGGCGUUGAGAGUUGUCUUGAUCUGAAAAACAAUUAUGAUAUUUUCACAUCAUCAUCAAAGGUGGAAAAUAGUCAGGGUUUCAGUCAAAGACGUAGCAAGAGGGAUCAAAGGUGUGCAAUGAAGGAGUUUCCACCACCAAUGCCAUCGCUCGCACGCACUGGGAACUUAUCUUCCCAUAUGCCUUGGGUUUUGAGGCGACACUACACAGAGGAUGGAAGAUUGAUUAUUAGAGAAGAGAGGGUGAAGCAUCAUGAGUACUUCCAGGCUCACAGAUGCAAUGGCCGUCUUACCUUGAAGCUUGUCCCUCUAGAUGAUGAAGUUUAUUCCCCUUAUCGCCAGGGUUACGCUGAUGAUUUAGAUGACAGUGAGAAUGAGUCCGAGUAUAGUCAUGAAGAAGUAAAAAAUGAGCUUGAGAACCGUCAAAUUGAAGAAGAAGAAGAACAAGAAGAAAAAGAUGAGACUGGGAACUGUAGCAAUGAAGAAGUAAAAAAUGAGCUUGAGAACUUUUGCAGUGAAGAAGAAAAAGAGGACAAGAAAGAAACAGGCAUUAUAGAUCAAUGUAAUGACAUACAAGUGAAUGAGAAUGGAAGAGACGAUGAAUAUGAUGAUGGUGUCAAUUAUUUCCAAAGUUGUAAUGGCAUUAUAGUGAAGGACAUCCUGUAUGAAGAUCAGAGAGUACCUUCUGCGGAGACCGGGAUUGGUGGAAAUCUGAGUGCAUUCAAGUGCUUGAAUAUUUACAACAGUGUGAGACCAGGCUCCAGUUGCAUAUUUGGGGUGCCACUACCAGCGAUGAGGCCUGUUCAUGGUUAGACAAGAAAAGGCUAGAGGAAAAAAAAUUUUUUUUUUUUUUGGAGAAUUGGGGUGAAGGGUAAUGUGGGUGGUUUAGUUUUGAGCGUGAUUAAGUUGAGGCGAAUCAUCGUUAUAGAUAGAUUUAGUUUAUUCCUUUCUUGCUCCAGGAGGCUGACGUACCAAGUCAAGAUUGAAGAGAGUGGGAAUUAAUCCUUAUUUUCUGUCUAUAUCAGUACUAGUGAACUCCCAUUUGAAAUU